AAUGAAACUGAUGCGAAGUUCUCUGGAUAUACCUAUAGCACAGCAGCCAGGAACAAUCUCUCUACGGAAGAACUCGUCACCACCUUGGGCAGUGCAGUCACCACACUGCCAAAACAUGCAGUUCAGGUUAUCCGUCACGUGUGGAACGAGCAGGGCGAGUCCAUCAGUGUGUCAGAAGAUGCAGGAAGUGUGGCCGCAGUGGGGCAGUUUGUAGAUAUGAAAUGGAAACUGGGAGUUGCAAUGAGCUCUGACACCUGCAGGUCUCUGAAGUAUCCCUAUGUUACAGUGACACUCAAAGUGGCAGAGCCUUCAGGACAGCUAACAGAGAAAUCUUUUGAAAUGACGAUCCCACAGUUCAAGAACUUCUUCAGACAGUUCAAGGAAAUGGCAGCUGUAAUUGAAACAAUUUGA